AUGGAGGGCAUCCUGGACUUCGAAAAGGACCUCGACAUUGGUCUUCUCGACCGUGUCGUGGCCGCCAUGUACACAGGCACCGGUCAGGACCAGAGGAUGGCGCAGCAGACGCUAGCCCAGUUCCAGGAGCAUCCCGAAGCUUGGCAGCGCGUGCCUGCCAUUCUCCAACAGAGCUCCUCGCCACAGACCAAGUACAUUUCGCUCCAGAUCCUCGACAAGCUCAUCUCAACACGGUGGAAGGUGCUUCCCGAGGACCAGCAGCAGGGCAUCCGCAAUUUCAUCGUCGAGAUGAUCAUCCAGCACUCGUCCGAUGAGGCUAGUCUCAAGCGCGAAAAGACCUACCUCGGCAAGCUCAAUACCACCCUCAUCACCAUCCUCAAGCAGGAGUGGCCUCACAACUGGCCUUCGUUCAUCCCCGAGAUCGUCUCCUCUUCCAAAGGCUCUCUGUCUAUCUGCGAGAACAAUAUGGCCAUUCUCCGCUUGCUUUCCGAAGAGAUCUUCGACUAUUCGGCAGAGCAGAUGACCACUUCCAAGACCAAGUCGCUCAAGAACCAGAUGUGUGGCGAAUUCGGCGAGGUCUUCCAGCUCUGCUCCGAGGUGCUCGAAAAGGCGCAAAAGCCCAGCUUGAUCAAGGCCACCCUCGAAACCAUGCUGCGCUUCCUCAACUGGAUCCCGCUUGGCUACAUCUUCGAGACAAACGUCAUUGACAACCUCAUCGGUCGUUUCCUCGAGGUCUCCGAGUUCCGCAACGUCACGCUCAAGUGUCUCUCCGAAAUUGCCAACCUCAACGUCGGCGCCGAGUACGACGCCAAGUUUGUAGUGCUCUUCAACAUGGUCAUGACCUCGGUCAACCGCAUGAUCCCUCCAGCCACCAACAUCGCAUCCGCCUACGAGACCAGCUCCGACUCGGAUCAAGAGCUCGUUCUCAACCUUGCGCUCUUCCUCUCCAACUACCUCACCACCCACCUCAAGCUCGUAGAGAACCCAGAAAACAAGGACGUCCUCCUCAACGCACACAUGUACCUCAUCAAGGUAUCGCAAGUGCCCGAACGAGAAGUCUUCAAGAUCUGCCUCGAAUACUGGUCCAAGCUCGUCAGCGAGCUCUACGAAGAGCAGCAGUCACAGCCCAUCGCAGAGAUGAACCCGCUUCUGGGUCUCAACCUCGGCAACGGCGUCUCGAACGCCAACUCGGCCAACCUGCGCAAGAACAUUUACACAGACAUCCUCUCCAACCUCAGGCUCGUCAUGAUCGAGCGCAUGGUCAAGCCAGAAGAGGUGCUCAUCGUCGAAAACGACGAGGGCGAGAUCGUCCGAGAGUUCAUGAAGGAGAGCGACACGAUCGUGCUCUACAAGAGCAUGCGCGAGGUGCUUGUCUACCUCACCCAUCUCGACGUGCUCGACACCGAAAACAUCAUGACCGAAAAGCUCGCCAAGCAAGUCGACGGCUCCGAGUGGUCGUGGGCUAACCUCAACACACUCUGCUGGGCGAUCGGUUCCAUCUCGGGUGCGAUGAACGAGGAGACAGAGAAGCGCUUCCUCGUCACGGUCAUCAAGGAUCUGCUCGGAUUGUGCGAGAUGAAGCGCGGCAAGGACAACAAGGCCGUCGUCGCGUCCAACAUCAUGUACAUCGUGGGUCAGUACCCACGGUUCCUCAAAGCGCACUGGAAGUUCCUCAAGACGGUCGUCAACAAGAAUUUCGAGUUCAUGCACGAGAGCCACGAAGGUGUCCAGGACAUGGCGUGCGACACUUACAUCAAGAUCGCCCAGAAGUGCCGUCGCCACUUUGUGAUCCAGCAAGCCGGCGAGCAGGAGCCCUUCAUCGACGAGAUCCUGCGCAACCUGCACCGUAUCACACUCGACCUCUCGCCAUUGCAGGUGCACACCUUCUACGAGGCAGUCGGCUACAUGAUCGCGGCCCAGCCCAACCGACCGACACAGGAGCGUCUCAUCGCCAAGCUCAUGGAGCUGCCGAACAGUGCCUGGGACAGCCUCAUGCAGCAGGCGCACAACAACGUCGACGUGCUCGGCAGCCCCGAGAACAUCAAGAUCCUUUCGAAUGUGCUCAAGACCAACGUCUCGGCAUGUGUGUCGAUUGGCACCUUCUUCCUGCCACAGAUCGGUCGCAUCUACCUCGACAUGCUUGCGCUCUACCGCAGUGUCAGCGGCAUCAUCAGCGCCAAGGUCGAGGCCGAGGGUCUGAUUGCAACCAAGACGCCCAUGGUGCGCGGCCUGCGAACUAUCAAAAAAGAGAUCCUGCGCCUCGUCGAGACCUAUGUCAAGCGUGCCGAAGACCUUGACGCUGUCAACACGAACCUGAUCCCGUCGCUGCUCGAUGCUAUCCUGGGCGACUACAACCGCAACGUUCCAGCGGCGAGAGACGCCGAGGUGCUCAACGUAAUGGCCACCAUCACCUCGCGCCUGCAGGGAUUGCUGACGGACAAGAUCGCGCCCAUUCUCGAUGCCGUCUUUGAACCUACGCUUAACAUGAUCAACCAGGACUUCGCCGAGUUCCCGGAGCACCGCGUUGGCUUCUUCAAGCUGCUACGAGCGAUCAACCUGUACUGCUUCCCUGCGCUACUCGAGCUUCCCCCACCCAAGUUCAAGCUGACCAUGGACAGCAUCAUCUGGGCGAUCAAGCAUACGAUGCGCGACAUUGCCGACACGGGUCUCAACAUCUGCCUCGAGCUGCUCAACAACAUCUCGGGCUCACCGCUUGAGGUGGCCAACGGCUUCUACCAGCAGUAUUUGCUCAACAUCAUCCAGGACAUCUUCUUUGUGCUCACCGACUCGGACCACAAGAGCGGCUUCAAGACGCAGUGCGUUUUGCUGGCGCGCAUCUUUGAGCUCAUCGAGACGGACCGCGUCACUGCGCCUCUGUGGGACUCGGCUACGCAACAGGACCCCAACAUGAACAACCGACUCUUCAUCCGACAAUACACGACGAACUUGCUGCGCAACGCCUUCCCUCAUAUGCAGGCCCAGUACGUCGAGCACUUUGUCAACGGGCUCUGCAUGCACUCGAGCGACUUGAUUGCGUACAAGCUGCACCUGCGCGACUUCCUCAUCACCUCGCGAGAGAUGUUUGGCAGCACUGCGGGCUCGACCGACAAUGCAGACCUGUUCCUCGAAGACAAAGAGGCCGAAGCACAGCGCAAGGCAGCUGCAGAUCGAGAGAAGGCGGCUGCGGUGCCAGGUAUGCUCAAGCCUUCGCAGAUCAAGGAGGAGGACGAGGAGCUAUGA